GUCGAGCGCAACUUUGAAUUACUUGCUGAUCAACAGACGUUUUCUAGACACUUCUAGACGUUACUCUAGAUUCCAGGACUAUACUUUUCUGUUUGGUAAAGUUAUACGAGUUUUCGCUGAACAAACGAUGCUUUCAGAGACUUUAAUCAGAAGCGCACGGAUGAGGAAAACCGCUCCAGGACCUCAGAGCAGCAACUGAGCGCACAAAAUCCGUUCGCCCUCUUUAGUCUGGAGAGCAAGUGGACAGAGACCUCAGGUUUAUGUUGUUCAUUCUUCUUUAAUCUCAGGGCUUUAAGCUGAUUUCGGUUCGAUCCGCUGCCCACGCGCGCACAUCAAAGCGCGUCUCGAUGCGCGUAACUGCUUCGCGGACUAGUGUUGAAGGGUUCGGUCCAGCGCGCGGUGUCCGUCCAAACUUCAGAUUAACAAGUGGACAUCCGAUCACGUUCCGCUUUCCUCUCACAGCUCUGCGAAUGGGAAUCCUGGGCUAUUGUUCUCUCAUGGAUUGCGUUCUCUGUUAAUCUCACAUCGCAUCACUUCUGUUAAAAUCACUGCAUCUUCAGCAAGACCAUGAUGUUUAUAAAUUUGCUUCUACGACUGAUGUGCGUCGUUUUGAUAAGAGGUGCCGAUGGCCAAAUGGUCCAGAUGGAGAGCAGUAAGGCAGGAUUUGUGGGUUCACAGGUGGAGUUGCCGUGUCAGUUUGUCAACAGCAACCCACCUGUAAAAAUCUCCCAGGUCACGUGGCAGAAGCUGGUCAAUGGCACCAAGCAGAACGUGGCCAUCGCCAAUCCAGCCCUUGGGGUCUCUGUGCUGAACCCCUUUAGAGAGCGCGUGCGCUUCAAGAACCCAGCCGUCCGCCAGCGCACACCUUCCCUAGAGGACACCACCAUAGUCUUCAACAGACUGAAACUGACGGACGAGUCCACCUACAUCUGCGAGUACACAACCUUCCCAGCAGGCAACAGAGAGAACAUGGUCAAUCUCACUGUUUUUGCUCGUCCGAUGAUCCAGAUGAGUCUGUCCACACCCUCUAUAGUGGCGGGAUCUAAAGAUCUGAAGAUGACUGUUGCCACAUGUGUUUCUGCCAACGGGAAGCCAGCCAGUGUGAUCACAUGGGAAACUGAUUUAGAUGGAGAAUCCAACACCCAGGAGAUCAGCAACCCUGACGGGACUGUCACAGUGCGCAGUGAUUACUUGGUGGUUCCUAGUCGAGAAAUACACCAACAGCUGCUCACCUGCAUUUCCACGUAUAAUGAGGAACAGUACACUGACAGCGUCACACUCAACAUUCAGUAUGAACCAGAGGUGAUCAUCGAGGGCUUUGAUGGAAACUGGUAUUUGAACAGAGAAAAUGUUCAGCUGACCUGCUUGGCUGAUGCCAAUCCAACAAUCUCUUUGUAUCAGUGGAGAUACUUGAAUGGAACAUUGCCGAGUUCAGCAGAACUUCGAGACGAUUUGCUGAUCUUCAAAGGUCCAGUAACUUAUGACAUGGCAGGCACAUACGUCUGUGACGCCACCAACAGCAUUGGCUCAGGCUCUGCAUCCGUUGAGGUCAUUGUGACAGAAUUUCCUAGCUACCCGCACGAGGUGUUUCAGGAUCAGCAGCAAGCCGGUGUCGUCAUUGGUGGAGCUGUUGUUUGUGGCACAGUGCUGUUGGCUGCCGUUACGCUCCUCGUAGUGUUUUUGUAUCGCCGGAGAUGCAUGUUUAAAGGAGAUUACAGUACCAAGAAGCAAAUCCUUGGAAAUGGUUACAGCAAGGCUGGCAAUGUGCCGUCACACCCUUCAUUACCUCACAGCCUGACCUUCUCCGAUGACUCGGAUGAAGAGAAAAAGCUGGAACUCUACAGGAGCUCCAGUAUCUUAGGAGGGAGCGUUCAGGAGUUUCACACAUGCCAUGACAGCAGGAUGAAGGCCUAUCGAACGGGACUGAUUGAGGAGCAUGAGAGAUGCGCAUUUAAUGAGCAGACUUACAUUUAUGAGUACGGAUCUGAGGUGGAGGUCUCAGUAGACAUGAUUCCUCAGAUGGACGGCUCAGUGAUCUCUAAAGAAGAGUGGUAUGUGUAGUCCAGACUCUAAAAGAUCUCAGCAUGGCCCUCUUCCGCUACCUGCUUGCUUCUUGGCAUCUCCUUCCUUAAGAUACAAAUAUUGGGAUCAAAACUGACGAUGGAUUUGAUUGACCUAUGAACAUUGCUGAUAUAAGAAUAAUCCAAAAUAAUGAUGUGUGCUAUUAAUAAUUAACCAUGUUGAUGAAUUUGCAUCACAGUUUCUCUCUUUAAGAGCAAAGUGAGUUGUUUAUGACAGCCUCCACAUAGACUAACCUAUAAUAAAGUGCAGGAAGUGGAAAAUAUUAUCUCAGAUGGUGGAUAGGAGUAAAGCUUGUUUUUUUUAUUUAUGCAUUUUAUAAGUUAUUUUGCUAAAAAUAUGUGAUGUACAUAUUUAAAUGUAAUGACAAAUUAAUGAUGAUUAUAACAAAUAUCUGUGUGUAUUUACACAUAUAGAUUAUUGUGCUGUUAUCUUAGCAACAUGCUAACUACCGAAAUUAGUUGUCCACUGUGUUAUUCAAAGUAAAGUGAUAUGUUAAACGCAGUAUUUCUCUAUCCCUGCUGAAUAAAAACAUCAUAAACCAGCCUUAGCUUUGCUGGUUUUAGCUAGUCGACCAGCAUGGUUUUAGAGGAGUUUUGGCCAUUUCCAGGCUGGUUUGGUUGCAGCCAUUUCCAGCCUGGUCUUAGCUUAUGUCCAGCUUAAACUAGGCCUAGGCUGUUUUAAGCUGUUUUUUUCAGCAGGGAUCUACUGUUGGUGCCCCCAAACUGGUAAUUUUUUUCAUUUAAAAUCACAAGAGUAAAUGUACUGUUAGCUUAGCAACUUGCUAAUUUCACAGAAUUCUGUCUGUCUCUCAAAUAAGCACUUGAUGAUUGGGGUGUAAUAAAAUACAAUGUUUUGUAAGAUUGCUGUUAACUUGCCUACAUGCUAACUGUUACCUCUGUUUUGCUGUCCAGGGUGUCCACUGUUUUGCUAUCGUUAUGUUACCCAAAUUUUUAACAUUACUUUUAGGAAGGCAUCACAAGGUAUUCUAAAAGUGAUGUUAGCUUAGCAACAGUUAGGUUCUCCAUCCUAUGUGGUAACCACAAAAACCUCACUUAUUUUGUUUGGUUUAUUAAAUCACAAGGUUUUUUAACAAUACUGUUAACUUAGCAUGCUAACUCAAACUCUACUUAAACUGCAUUCUCCUCUGUGUAGGGUUAUAUGUGACACAUGUGACAUGAGUUUUGUCCUAUGAUGCUCUUCUACAUCAGUCACUUUAAGAUUGUUGUUAAAUCACUAGGUUUUAUAACUGUACUGUUAGCGCAUCAUGCUAAAUGCUGAUUCUAUUGUAAUUGUUUGGAAAAUGAAUUCUCCUGUGAGGAUUGUCUACCAUUUACAUGUAUGGUUUACUUAUCUUCUCAUGUUACUUUUCAUGAUGACUAUGUUCAGCUGCUAGGUGUUGUAACUGCGGUUAGCUUAGAAAAAUGCUAACUUCAAAUACCUUAGAAAUCAGUUGUGAGUUUUAUUCUACUAUGCGUAGUGCUAUUUAUGCCACAAACAGAAUUGCUACCCAUCUUGGUGUACCAAGUUGGUGAAAUUUCAUGUCAUUUAACAUGAUGAACAACAUGAUUUGUAUAGUGCUGUUAGCUUAGCAACAUGUUAACAUCAAAUGCUAUUGAAAAACAAUUGCACGCCGUAUACAGUAUGUACUCAGCAGAGUGUUAUUUAUAUGCUAGCAUUUCAAUGUGUCCUAAAUUACAUAUUUUAUGUGACAUUUAAUUCUGACUCACUAGGUUGUGUAACAGAGCUAAUGCACUGGACAUUUGUCAGGCUGGUCUUUUUAGAUGGACGUCAAGUUUGGAAGAAAAAACAUGUCUUGACAGUGCCGUUGUAUUGACAAAGCAAUUUCGCCUCGGGAUGGUGUUUACUCAAGAGCAAUUAAAACUGUACUAUAACCUAUUAUAUCAACUGUGAAAGUCUUACACUGUGGAUAUAAUUUUGUGCAUGAUUUAUGGAAAAGUUGCCUUGUUUUGUCAAGAGAAUCAGAUUUUUUUUUGUCCUGCUUUGUGGAAAAGUGAGUACCUAACUGCUGUAAUCACAGGUUUCAUAAUACAAUAACUAUACUUCCCUGCAAUGUAAGGUCAUAUACAGUACAGUACCACCUAUAAAUAUGAACACCGAGAAAAGCAUUAAACAAACUGAUUGUAGCGGCUUUCAGUCAAAGAUUUAUUGCAUGUCUCAGUGGCUUCAAAUACUAUAUGAGGCUUGCUUAUUUAUGAAGAUAAAAUUAAGUUAUGUAGAAAUGAAUCAGAAAACACUUUUCUAUUCAAGUGCUUUGAAUCACUAUGUAAAAUUAUUUCUUCUAUGUUUGUCUUUUGGCGACAUGGUGGCUCAGAGGUUAGCGCUGUCACCUCACAGCAAGAAGGUCACUGGUUCGAGUUCUGGCUGGGUCAGUUGGCAUUUCUGUGUGGAGUUUUCCCCGUGUUUGUGUGGGUUUUCUCCGAGUGCUCCGGUUUCCCCACAGUCUAAAGACAUGCACUAUAGUUGAAUUGUGUUAACUAAAUUGGCCGAAAAUGGAGAAAAUUGGAGAAAAUGAAUGAAUGAAUGAAUCAAUGUUUAUCUUUUGCAGCUUCCACUUAUGAACCAUUAUAUAAUGUGCUGUUUCAUGCUACUUGGGAUGGUUUUGAUUUGUAAUAUUCUUUUUAGAGAUUACUGAAGACCUUAUUUUCACAGUAAUUAUAGAAAUUGCCAUAAAAUGUGCUUUAUUGUGCUGUACGGUUGCUUAAUUUAUUCAGGAAAUGUGUUUUUGAGUCCUAUAUUUGUUAAACCUUUCGUUGAGAGGAACAUAUUCUGAUUUGCAGUAUUUGUUUUUGCUGUUGUUAUUUGUAAUUGCUGUGAAAGCACAAAUGUGAUGUGAAUUCUCUGCUGUAAAAAAUAAAAAUGUGUACCUCACCAGUCAAGAAAAAAA